CAGAAGCCCCUGUCUUGGCUAAGAAUACUUUCUGCUCUCCCUAUCCCCACAUCCUCUUUCAGUUACCCAUCACCUCGCUCCUUCUGAGCAAUACGGUUCUGAUGUCAAAGCCAGCACAGUAAACAGCUUCUGCUGUCCCUGAGAACUGUUGCUGCUGCAAAUGAUGCUUCCACUGCUACAGCUGGUACCUACUAGGCUGCUCAACUCCUCUUGCUCCUUGGAGAAGACACUGCAGUGCAGCUGUUCCUUCCAUGGGAUCCCCACACCCUCUGUGCAGUGGUGGAUGGGAGGAGUCCCUGUGGGUCUGGAUGGCAUUGAUGGCAGCCUCCAAGUGACUUCCACCAUGCUUGGCCCCUGGGCUAACAGCACCAUCAGCCUAACUGAAGAGCCAGAAAUGGGCAUGAGACUUCUCUGUGAGGGAAAGAAUCAAAACGGAACCCACGCUUUGAGCAUUCUACUGAUGUCAAGAAAGAGUUCUUUGACUUCCCAGGCCUUCAUGAAAGGGCUGAUCCAGGGUGCUAUCUAUGCAGGAAUUGUAAUUGCGCUGCUCUUCCUCUGCCUCCUCCCUCUCAUAGUGAAACAUAUCAGAAAGAAGCAGGCAAAGAAAACUGCAGCAAUCAAAGCAAAAAAGAGCUCUAAAGUCAGAGCAAGCCAAGAACUCAAGACGUCUCUGAAGCCUGAGGAACCAGGAAAACCCAUAGUCGCCACGUUUUCUGAAAGCCGAAUAUUGGAAAAGCAAGAUAAACGAGCCAGCUAAGCCUGUGGAAUGUGCAUCAGACAUGGAGUCACCAUUAUCCCUGGAAUUACAAAAGCCUGCAAAAUGUAUAGAGCCCAUAGAAACCAUGGAGGUGAUAAUAAACCUGGAGCCCCCUGGACUCUCCUCAGCUCACAAAGCCCUCUCAGUUCCCACAUAUCCCUCACACUCAUUCUCCAUUGAAUAGGAGGGGUUACUCUUAGACCUAGUCUUAGAACCUCUGAAGGCAAACUUCAUAAUUUGUUGUUUGGCUAAACCAGAAGAAAUCUGCUCCACCCUGGGAAGGUGUCAAAAGAAGGAAAAAUACAUGUGGCAGUAU